CAAUCCCAGUCGCUAAUUUAAUUUGUAAAAAUCAUCAAGCACUUAAAUUCCCUCUAAAAAAAUAUAAAAAUCACGUAAAAAAAUAAAAAUUUUGCGAAAAUCGUUGGAACAGAAGCUGUUCUUAAGGCAUUAAACUGACUCACAAAGAAGACUCCGACAAGAUGAAACAGCAAAGAUAUCGCGAAUGGGAUCUCGACUGCAAAGUUUACGUCGGCAAUUUGAACUCAUCGGCCUCCAAGUACGAAAUUGAAAGCGCUUUUGCCAAAUACGGACCUUUGAGAAAUGUCUGGGUCGCUCGUAAUCCGCCAGGCUUUGCAUUUGUCGAGUUUGAAGACAAACGGGAUGCUGAGGAUUCGGUACGAGGAUUAGAUGGAACACGUUGCUGCGGAACACGAAUCCGUGUGGAAAUGUCAUCGGGACGUACGCGUCGUGAUCGUCGAGGAGGCGGCGGCUCUCGCAGUGAUCGUGGCAGCAGAUCUGAUCGGUACAGGUCCCGUUCACCGAAACGAUCUCGCACCCCAAAGAGAUCCCGUUCCCGAAGCCCCCGCGAUUACCGUGACGACUACGAGAAGGAAUCCUCGAGACGCUCUCCGCGCGAAUACCGACGAGAAUAUCGUCGCAGCAGUCGAUCCGAUUCACGUGACAGACGCUAAACAAAAAAAAAAUGGCAUCGAAAUGUGUUCCAGUUAAAAAAAAAAUCAACGUAUCCCUUUAUAAGAUAACUUUUUAUUAAGUAAUCACAAAUAAUUAACUCACUUUCUCACACAUACAAAAAAAAAAUAUCAAUUAACAAUCACGUUGAUCCCGUGUAGUGUCAACUCAACGUUAGAGAUUAAGAUCCCUUUUUUGUCUUCUUUAAGAUUUUUCUUUAUCAGAUUAUUCCGCGAAAUAUUGAAAAAACUAGCAGUACUUAGCAGCUUUUAUUAUGAGUUUCAAUUUAUUUCUAUCAGAAACCAAACAAAAAAAAAUUGUAAAAUUUACAUUUCAAUAUUUAUAUUUUUUAAUUCAUUUAAUAUUUCCUUUCAUGAAAUUAUAUGAAUGUAUCUUAGGUUUUAAGUUCAAAAUGUUAUAAUAAAAAUAAACAUAAUAAAAUCCAUUAAAUUGUCUCAUGCA